AUGUCCGCGUCUACCUCAACACCGAACCUGGCCGUAGCUAUCACAACGACCGGACCUGCCAGUCGACAUGUCCCCGAGUUCAGGACGGAACGUCUCCUGUGUCGACCUCUCGUUGAAGAGGAUUGGCCAGAAUACCACAAGAUGCUACAGGAAGAACAGACGAUGAUCAACGCGGGCGUGGGUCCAAUGUUGUUUCCUAGAGCAGCUCGAGCCUACUUCGAUGAUCAACGAGAAGAUUGGGCAUCAGUUGGAAUCUUCGCCCGCAAGGUGGAUGACAACGUCGCUGAAGGCGACUUCAUGGGUACAGGAGGGGUGUACUGGUCCAAAGAUCGAUUGCCUGAAGUAUGCUACGUACUGAAGCAGAAGUUUUGGGGCAAAGGCCGCGCCACUGAGUUCUUGAAUGGAUUCCUGGAAGUGUGGUGGAAUAUGCCUCGGAUAAACAUUGAUAUGUGUGUUGAGACGAAGUUCCUGGACGCUGGGGAAAGAGGUGUGGUACCGGAGCGAUUGACUGCACCCAUCAAAGUUGAAGGAGGCGAUAGUCAAAACGUGGUGAAGAAGGCUGGCUUUAGCGACCGUGGGGAAGUCACAAUAUAUGACGAGAAGUAUAUUUUGUUCCGACUGCUUUCUCCAAAGUAG